AGUCCGUCGCUGCAGUCCGACAGAGCGGCCACUCAUCAACAUCUACUCGGCGUCCACGGAGCUGUGUACCGCUAUGUGGCUCUGAGCCGACGGUUCAAACCGAAACAGGGUUUACGACGGCGACGACGAAUGUGGACAUGAGGACACCAGGGACUUAUUCUUCCAAAAGACGGACCGGGAAUCCUCGUUUUUCCCCGAGCGAAUGAGAAAGAAUCGUCAUGACCCUUUUCCCUUCGACCUGUCAUUCCUUCACUGAGGGACUUUUGCCCCUUUUGGUUUCUGGACUUAUUAUUACCGGGAUGAGAUAAUAAAGUAAUCCAGCUCGUGCAUGCUGCUACAACAACACCUGUGGCACUUGUAAACCCGCCCUGCCCCCCUAACCCCUCCCCAAGCUAAGAUCAAGGCAACGUUCGAAACAUGACGACACCAGCUCUCCUGCCACUGUCGGGCCGCAGGAUACCCACUCUGUCUCCGGGAGCCUCCUCUUUCCCGCACCACAGGGCCACGCUGAGGCUCUCCGAAAAGUUCAUCCUCCUCCUCAUUCUCAGUGCCUUCAUCACCUUAUGCUUCGGGGCCUUCUUCUUCUUACCGGACAAUUCCAAGCACAAGCGCUUUGACUUGGGUUUGGAGGAUGUGCUCAUCCCUCAUAUUGACUCGCCCAAAGAGGGAAAGCACGCCUCUGGACAGGUGGUCAUACAUGGACAGGGGGCCCAUGACGAGCACAGACACAAGGAGGAGGAGGAGAGCCUGCGGGAUAAGAUCCGAGCAGACCACGAGCGAGCUCUGCAGGAGGCCAAGGAGAAGCUGAGGAAGUCCCGUGAGGAACUGCAGGCUGAGAUUCAGACUGAGAAAAACAAAGUAAUGGAGGACCUGAAGAAGAAGGAUGCGGGGCCUAAACCAUUGCCCCCCGUCCCCAUGCCAAAAGUGGUGGGUGUCAGCGAUGGUGAGCCUCCAGAGCCCGACGCCAAGGAGAAACGAGACAAGAUCAGAGAGAUGAUGAAGCAUGCAUGGGACAGCUACAGGCAGUAUGGCUGGGGUCACAACGAGCUGAAGCCCCUCGCCAAGAAAGGACAUUCCACAAAUAUCUUUGGCAAUUCCCAACUGGGGGCGACCAUUGUGGAUGCGUUAGACACCCUCUACAUCAUGGGUCUGCACGACGAGUUCAAGGACGGCCAGGAGUGGAUCGAACAGAAUCUGGACUUUGGAGUGAAUGCCGAGGUGUCUGUGUUUGAGGUCAACAUUCGUUUCAUAGGAGGACUGCUGGCCGCCUACUACCUCUCUGGACAGGAAAUGUUCAAGCUGAAGGCGGUGCAGCUAGCAGAGAAGCUGCUCCCUGCCUUCAACACCCCCACAGGAAUCCCCUGGGCCAUGGUCAACCUUAAGAGUGGUGUUGGGCGCAACUGGGGCUGGGCGUCGGCGGGCAGCAGCAUCCUGGCGGAGUUUGGGACUCUGCACAUGGAGUUUGUCCACCUCACCUACCUGACAGGAAACCCCGCCUACUACCAGAAGGUGAUGCACAUCAGGAAGCUGCUCGCCAAAAUGGACCGACCCAACGGACUGUAUCCAAACUACCUGAACCCUCGGACGGGGCGCUGGGGACAACAUCACACCUCAGUUGGAGGACUUGGGGACAGUUUCUACGAGUACCUGCUGAAGGCUUGGCUCAUGUCAGACAAGACCGAUACAGAAGCCCGCAAAACCUACGAUGAUGCCAUUGAGGCUAUCGAGCGGCACCUGAUUCGCAAAUCCAACGGCGGUCUGACGUUCAUCGGAGAGUGGAAGAACGGACACCUGGAGAGGAAGAUGGGCCACCUGGCGUGCUUUGCCGGUGGUAUGUUUGCUUUGGGCGCCGACGGCUCGCCUGACGAUAAAGCCGGACACUACCUGCAGCUGGGAGCGGAGAUCGCACACACCUGCCACGAGUCCUACGACAGGACAGUGUUGAAGCUGGGCCCGGAGGCCUUUAAGUUCGACAGCGGCCUGGAGGCGGUGGCCGUGCGGCAGAACGAGAAAUACUAUAUCCUGCGGCCGGAGGUCAUCGAGACGUACUGGUACAUGUGGAGGUUCACCCACGAUCCCAAAUACCGGCAGUGGGGCUGGGAGGCAGCGCAGGCCAUCGAUAAGUACUGCAGAGUGAGUGGAGGUUUCGGGGUGAAGGACGUCUACUCCUCCAACCCGACCUACGACGACGUGCAGCAGAGCUUCUUCCUGGCCGAGACGCUAAAGUAUCUGUACCUGCUGUUCUCCAGCGACGACCUGAUGCCGUUUGAGAGUUGGGUUUUCAACACGGAGGCUCACCCGCUCCCUGUCCUGCACCUGGGCAACAUCACUCUGCCUGGCAGCGAGCCGUCUCAGCGGUAAACGCGAAGGACCGUGUUUUUUCUCCUCAGCGGCAUCGGGGGGGCGCCACCUGGACGCCCACCUGUCUGUACUAAAAACCAACCCACCAACACUGGACAAACAUUCAGCUCUACGGACUCUCACCCGCUUCUGGACUGCAGACAUCAACCAGAGGAGACGGACGGAGAGACUCCUGAGAGGACGUCCCUCUCUUCUUCUGUGUUUUACUCUUUGACUCUCUCUGUCUUCUCAGAAAGACGGCGUUUUUGCUGCUCAGCCUCGCGACUGGCUUGAACUGACCCUGAAGGAACGAGCUCCAAAAAAGGCUCGAUUUAGUUUUGUCUGUUAUUAUUUUUAGUGACCGAACUCUACUCCCAUGCAGACUCGAGCUGAGUGCAUUAUGGACUUUCUGUGAAGGAUGACAGUCAGUUUGACACUGUACUGAUGGAGGUGUGUUUCUUUUCUCCAGGCAGACUAAGUCGAGGACUUUACAGGGUCUGUUGAUGUGUGUUUUUUUGUUUGGACACAUGGGGACACAGGGUUGAAUGAAAGCCCUUCGCUUCUCCCUGAACCCCUCCGAUUACUCCACUUCCUGUUUAAUCUUCAUCAGAUGGACUUUGACCUGGAACUAUUAGCCGCUCGUCACAUCAUCAGUGCGAGGGCAGGUUGUGUCUCCUCCUCCUUUUACUCCUCUAAUCCUCCUUUUUCAGAACAGUGGACCAUUGUAAGUGAACAGUCGCUCCACCUGGACAGCAGCAGGCUUCUCCAUCUUCUUCACUCUACACCUCGACAUCUUUCCAGUUCCCCUCUCAGAUAUAAACGCCACUGGCUGCUACAUUUUCAUUUUCCUCCACCUUUUUCCCGACCAUACAAGAGUUCCUCUCCAUUUUAUCCCUCAAUUUGUUCUCUUAUUUCUUGCCUUUUCAUUACUCAUUUUUUAAGGAUCCAGUAAUACUUUUGUAUGAGUGUGUGUGUGGGUGUGUGUGUGUGUGUGGUUAAGAUAACCUCUGCUGUAAAUCAUUGAUUUGUGCACUUUGUAUGGGAAGACUAUGAAGAAGAGGAACAUAGAAGUGUAGCACUGAAAGAGCUGAACAAAUGAAGUCUCCCUGCUGAGCUCCCAUCAUGCAACAGUCGCUCCAUAUAUCACCAGUUGGACCAGCUUACUGUUAGUUGUAUGCACUAUAGUUUUCUAAAUCCUGAUUAGAUUUUCUCUUUGCUUUUCAUGCCUUAUCCUCUCUCCUCCAUGUUAACCUUUAUUCUCCAAAACAUAUAAAAGCUCUUGAGACUUUGUGUCGAAGGGUUUCCAAAUAAGAGUAAAACGUCCAAGUUUUAGAUAAUCUCUAAAUCACAGAACAGCUUGGGAUAAAACUUCUGUAAUAUAUCACCUGUUACAUUGACAUUAUAAAGCUGCAAACGUGUCCUCCUUUGUGUUAAUUGUUCAGUCAAUAAUCAGGACUAAUAAUUACUGUACAGAUUGAAGUCACCUUUUUUUUGUCCCCUUCAUCAUAUCAUCAAAAAGGUCAAAAUCUCCAGACCUGGCUCGCUCCAGUUAUCUCUCCCGACACGCAACUUUCUCUGAAGCAGCGCGAGGAGUUUACUGCUAGAGCUGCUCAGAUAAUAGAUGAUACAGUCUAAUUAUGACAUUUUACACAACCAAAACAACUGUGGAACAGUGCCAACAGAUUUACUGAACGCUGAUUGUAAAACACACGGGGAGAAUUUCAUGCUCAAAUAAAACACUGAAAAAUAUCACAACUGUUCAUAUAAAUGCUCCAGUUUUAAUCCCACUCAAAUUUAGCAACUUAAACAUUAAAGAAAGAUCAUUUUGAUCUGGGACUCGUGUGGAAAUAUUUCAGCUUUUUAAAGAUAGGAAAUAUAAUGUUUUAAUGAAGGUUAUAUUUCUUACAGUGUGACAGCAGCUGCUGCUUUAACAAUGGCACAAAAGAUAUCACAAGAAAGGUUACCAGGAGGGAGAGAAAUGUCAACAGAGGGGAGGACGAGAUCUUGAGUAAAGGCAUGACUCAGCAUUAAAGAUAACUCACCCAAUGGUGAACAAAUGUACUUUACAAAGGUCAGAAUUUCAGUCCAACCUCCAAAAACUUCAUCCUCCAUCUACAAAAUGCUUAAAUUGCAUUCUUCUUUUUUUCUGAUCCGUGUUUGUAGGGAUACAACAAGUAUGUUUUGUUCUUAAAAAACAAACAUUUUAACAACUACUGUGUGUGUGUGUGUGUGUGUGUGUGUGUGUGUGUGUGUGUGUGUGUGUGUCUGAGAGAUUCUUUUCAAGCCUUAUUUUUUCAGAUGUGUGACGCCUUGGCCAACACUGUGCUCUUUCUCUUCCUUUGCUUUGUGUUGUUUUUAAUAUGAACCACGUUUCUUAUUAUAUUUCGGUUUGCACGAGCGUCGGAGGCCCUCUGCCGUGGAGAUAGAUGCAGAAAUGUGACGGAGUAAAAAUGAAGUUGCCGCCACAAAGAAAUAAUGAAACCUCACAGUCACAUGACUAGCGGUUUCUAAAACGUAUCAAAAGGCUGAUUUACUUGCAGCUUACUAUAUUCUGAACUCCACUCCUGACAAAAGCAGCUGUCAUUAAAGUAUAGUUGUGUGCAGAAUAAAAACGAUAUGGUGCAAAUGGAAAUAAAAAAACAAGGAUUCAUUUGAAUGAUUGAUUAAUUUUGGCCAGGAUUUUCUGUAACAUUUUCCUAUUUCCUCCAAAAAGCUUUUCAAAGCGUACACAUCGUUGGUUUCGCUCUUUUCAUGGGAUCGGAUAGAUUUAGAGAAUGUACAAAAAUGAUUCAUCAACAAUGGUAACGUAACAUAAUCCCUGCCUCAUAUUUCAAAGAUCCAACAACCUCUGUCCGGAAGAAGUUACAGAUAUUUUAGAAAAAAGGUCUCAAUAUUAAACAUUUUUUUAGGACUUGAGGCCGAUCAACUCUACCCAAAGCUCUUCCACCGUUCAAGACGAUAUGACACUUAGUUUAUAUUUAAUUAAUCCAUUUCGUGGAGUCGAACAGCAGUCGCCCUAAGCUUUUUUUAUUUAAAGUCUAAUGAAACCAUAGCUCAUCUGCAACAUCGGUCAAUGUACAUACAGGGUAUUUCUCUGCACAUACAACCUGCUUCUCCCUCCGUACGUUUACCUCCCCCCUCCACCCUGCACCCUCUCUCUGGUGGCAGUCCAUUAAUGCAGUACAGUCAGUAUCCUCAUCAUCACCACCUUCAUCCGACACGGGGGGGGGAGCCCGGGCGGUAACCUGGGUAACCUGAGCAGCAAUGAUUUUGACAAAUUGAGUGUUCUGUAUUUGUAUUUUUACUGAACUAAAAAAAACAACUAUUAAACUAUCUGUAAAUAUGUUUAAAACUGAGACACAAAUUCAAUAAAGAUGUUAUGAAAAGUGA